UGGAGAGGACUUUACGUCAUUUUGGUUAUAUGUUACGAUAUGUAUUAAUUUUAUACAAAUAAACUAUUCUUUUUUAACAAUUUUUGUCAACUUUGAGAAUAAAUCUUAACAGCGCAGUCAAAGUAAAUUUUUCGAACAUUGGUGGAUGAAAGACUUGGGCCGUGUGUUUAGAAAAGCAUGUAUAAAAAAAUGCCAGACGUCAUUUUGACAAUUCAUGGUGACCCGUGAGUAAACAAAAUGAGCUAUCGGUAGGUAGAAUAUUAUGUUAGUCAAUGUUCAAUAUUUAAUUAUGACCGAUACUUUGAUUUUCCUGUUACGAUGAGGUCAAAAUAAUUCUCACACUUGUACGGCCGUACGUAACCAUCGAUCGCAGGCUAGCAACGUUUGACGUGGUCUCUCCGUGAAUGGUUACCGUAUUUCGAAAGAAAUAUAUUUAUGUAGAUCCCGGCUGUCAUUUGUCAGAAUUUUGACGGUUGCUACGUGAAGUCUGAUAUUACUUCCUAAGGUUCAUAAAAAGCAAGUUUUAAUUAUUAACUUGCGUGAGGUGAGUCAUACUUGAAUGAUACAACGGUUUACUCACGCGUAUUUAUCGGGAUCCCCCGAAUAGUUUCAGACGCAAUCGGAGUCCUUAAUCAUGGGCUGAUGCGGCGACAGGAUCGCGAGUAAAACUUUCGACUCGUGACCGUGCAAGUAAUAAUGAUUUUAAUUGAUUUAAAUUAUGAGUUAAAUUAAUUCGACGAAUUAUAGGAGAUCUCUAAAUAUUAUUAUUUCAUGCGGCCGUUCCCGUCGGCUCCUGAGAGGAAAACAAAAUGGAUUGAAGCGACUGGUCGUGGGGACAACUGGUUCCCUCAAACAUACAGCGUGAUUUGUUCCAGACAUUUCACUGAAGACAACUUUUUAGCAAUAAAGGAUCGCAGAAGAUUAAUGGACUCUGCUGUACCAACGAUAUAUUUACCUGUGUUGAAUCCCAACCCAUCUCCAUCCCCAUCAGCUAAAAUCCCACAACCAAAUGUGGCUGUUAAAGAGGAAAUUUUAGAAGAACCUCAAAAGCAAUCUAAGAGAAUUCCUCCUUUACCUACAUCGCCAUCAGAAUACGAGAGUCCUACAGAAAAGCGUCUAUGUCGGCGAAUCAUGGAAUUAACUAACUCAGUCAGAUUGAAGAAUAUAAAAUUGAAGAAAUAUCGGGAUUCCAAUAGAAGACUUAAACGAAUAGUCCAAUCAUUAAAAUCGCGUAUAGCAGAGAUGGAGAAAAGUGAUUAAUAUUCUUUGCCCGACGCAGAAAGAGGUGUGUUAUUUCUUUGAGGUAUUUCUCUGCAUCAUAGCUCCCGGUAAAGUGUUUUUGUCGAGUGGCCUGUUGGUCUAGUGGUAAGUGACUCUGGCUGCUAUACCGGAUGUCGUGGUUUCGAUUCCCAACCAGGACAAAUGUUUGUAUGACGACUGUGACGAGCACGAUCAUUGAUCUCCUAAAUUUUUAAGAAGUUUACCUUUGUCAAUUUUAUUUUUUUCGUAAAAAACGAAUAUAAUAAAAAAUACUAAAGAACUAAAUUGAUUUUUACUUUUC